AUGUCAUUCCAGCUGGACUGGCAGGGGCUGGAGCAGUCGUUUGCCGACUCGCUGUGCGAGCGACUCAACGCGUUUCUGUCGGGUGCGACCCUUCCAUCCUUUUUGGGUCCGACGCGUGUGCAUGCACUGGAACUGGGAUCGGAGGCACCGGACAUACAGGUCAUACAUGUGGGUGACGUGUGGCGUGAAUUUCGAGAGGCAGAAGCACAAGCAUCGGUUCACGCCCAGGCUCAGGAAAAGUGUACACGGUCAUCCACGCCGCCACCACGCUUGCCGAUGCGUCUUCGCACGUUCCGUCACUAUGAGAACGACGAGAUGCCCUUGUCGGUGCAGGGCAGUGGUGAUGGUGAUAGUGUGCUGACGGAUAUCGACGAUGCCUCGUCGCACCGAUGGAGCGAUGUUGACUCAGACGUUGGCACCAGUGACAUGUCUUGCACAUGGGAAGAGAGAGCGCGUGAGCAAAGCAUACCGUCGAUGCAGCUGCACUUUAGUGUCCAGUGGCUCACGUCGACCAUUCGACUGUCGCUCACAUCGUCACUUCAGAUUGCCUACCAUGACGACACCGUCAUGAGCUUGCCCAUCAGCCUCAUUAUCACUGGCUUGGAACUCUAUGCGCAAGCGAUCGUUGCGGUGGAUGGUGUUUCAAAUUGCAUCCACGUUAGCCUCACAGAAGACUCUACGGAGCCAUGCAGCGCAGAUGGUCUGCGGCAGGUCUAUGAUGCAAGAAUCCGCGUCCGGCACCAAGGCCAGCGCAUCCUACCCUACCUCGGCGUGGAGAGCCAGAUUGGCGAGCCCGUGAAGCAUGUGUUGGAAAACGUCGGCAAAGUGGAGCGCUUUGUGGGUGACAUGUUGCGGCAAUGGCUCGAAGACGAGCUGGUGUAUCCGCACUUUUAUACAUUCUAUCUCUAG